UCCGUGCUGGCGGCCUUCCUGUUCGAGUACGACACGCCGCGCAUCGUGCUCAUCCGCAGCCGUAAAGUGGGGCUGAUGAACCGGGCCGUGCAGCUGCUCAUCCUGGCCUACGUCAUCGGGUGGGUGUUGGUGUGGGAGAAGGGCUACCAGGAAAUGGACUCUGUGGUCAGCUCAGUUACUACCAAAGCCAAGGGCGUGACUGUGACCAACACUUCGAAACUGGGAUUCCGGAUCUGGGAUGUGGCUGAUUACGUGAUUCCUGCCCAGGAGGAAAACUCCCUCUUCAUCAUGACCAACAUGAUCGUCACCACGAACCAGACCCAAGGCCACUGUCCCGAGACUCCAGAGGAGACCAAUGUGUGUGAGUCAGAUGCCAACUGUGUUGCUGGCUCCACGGGAACCCACAGCAACGGAGUUGAAACAGGAAAGUGUGUGCCGUUCAACGCAACUGUGAAGACGUGCGAGGUGGCAGGCUGGUGCCCGGUAGAGAAUGACACACAUGUGCCAAAACCUGCUUAUUUAAAGGCUGCAGAAAACUUCACCCUUUUGGUCAAGAACAACAUCUGGUAUCCCAAAUUUAAUUUCAGCAAGAGGAAUAUUCUUCCAAACAUCACCACGACCUACCUCAAAUCGUGCAUUUAUGAUGCUCUAACAGAUCCUUUCUGCCCCAUCUUCCGCCUCGGCAAAAUAGUGGAGAAUGCAGGACACAGCUUCCAAGACAUGGCCAUCGAGGGAGGCAUCAUAGGCAUCCAGAUCAGGUGGGACUGCAACCUGGACAGAGCUGCCUCCCUCUGCUUGCCCAAGUACUCCUUCCGCCGCCUGGACACCCGGGACACGGACCACAAUGUGUCUCCCGGCUACAAUUUCAGGUUCGCCAAGUACUACAACGACCCAGCUGGCACCGAGCACCGCACACUCAUCAAGGCCUACGGCAUCCGCUUCGACAUCAUCGUGUUCGGGAAGGCUGGGAAAUUUGACAUCAUCCCAACCAUGAUCAACAUCGGAUCCGGCUUGGCGCUCUUGGGGGUGACCACAGUGCUAUGUGACGUCAUAGUCCUCUACUGCAUGAAGAAAAGAUUCUACUAUCGGGAGAAGAAAUACAAAUAUGUGGAAGAUUACGAGCAGGGUAUCGACAGUGAGAUGGAUCGGUGAUGCCUACCCCAGACCCAGGCUCCCCACAGCCCUCAUCAAAGCAAAGUGGCGAGCAAAGAGAAGGGAGAAAAGGCUGCCACGGCACCCUGGAGAAUGUUCCAGAUUGAGUCAGUGUCCACUCCACAGAUACUCAGGGUUGCCCAGCUGCUCCUGUGUUUGUUGUAGGAUUGCAGAGGAAACCACUCUGCAGCAGUUACUGGUCUGUUCUUGGCUGGGUCACCUUUGAUGUUCUUCAACUUGGGGUCCUUCGGGUGAGCUAAGGCCCGCAGGCAGUGACGUUGCUUCCUCAAGCUCUCCUCUACAGCCCCCUGCAAGGCAGGCCCAGCAGCUCUGUUCAAGUACUUUAUCCAGAAAGCAAGAACACCUGGGUGUCACCGCUAGACUUGUAGUGUGCCUGGGCCACUGCUCCUCCCCUGCCACCUCCCCGCCCCACACACAGACUUUGUCAUGCAAUCAUGAGGUGGACGUAGUGCUUCUCUUUUGAGAAGAGCUGUGUUGAGGUGAUUGAGGACCAAACAUUAAAACAAAUGAUUUUCUUAA